AUGUUCCUGCGUCCGCACGCGGACUACCUAGCCCGACUGUACACUGACCCAGGUCCACCGGUACCCCUCGUCGACCGCCUAUUGGCCGAUCUCAAGGUCGCAUCCUUGGUCUGUAUGAACAAGGCCUCCGGGCGGGUCCUCUUUGGAAGAGGCAACGAAGAAGAGAAGAAAGUGGAGGCAUCAGAUGCGACCACAGAGGCGGAGGAGGCAGUGCCACCAGAAGGGAACUCUGUUGACGCAGAUGAGGACUCGCCGGCCCUGAAACAGCCCAACAAGAAAACGGCACGCUGGCUCGCUGAAAUGGCCGACGACCACCGGUUUGUCAUGGUUCGCAUCGGUCGACCUGCCGACUGGGACGGUCAGGUACCAACGAUUUUUUUACCUUCCCAAAGAGACAAAAGAGAAGGGAGAAUGAAAUACUCCUUUCUGGCUUACUGGCCGUAGGUUGCCAGUCAUAUUCAAUCCCUAUAUCUGGAUAACCUGGGAUUCGAACCCAUAGCCGUCGGGCGUUAAACGGUCCAACAUUGUACCAUUGGGCCACGGACCUGUUGCCCUGUCGGUUGUGAUCGAGAAUAUUAGCUGUCGGAGGGGGGGCAGUCGACAAUCAGGUUACGAGACGUGCUCAUCCCGUUGCGCCACGGGGCUCAAUCUAGGGCUUCCGCAGGCAGUCCUGUGGCAACUGGUAGUAGUGGUAAUGGUAGUAGUAGUGGUAGUAGUAGUAGUAGUAGUAGUAGUAGAAGUAGUAGUAGUAGUCGUAGUAGUAGUAAGAGUAGCAGUAGAAGCAGCAGUAGUAGUAGUAGUAGUAGUAGAAGUAGUAGUAGCAGUAGUAGCAGUAGUAGUAGUGGUAGUAGUAGCAGUAGUAGUAGUAGUAGUAGUAGUAGUAGUAGUAGUAGUAGUAGUAGUAGUAGUAGUAGUAGUAGUAGUAGUAGUAGUAGUAGUAGUAGUAGUAGUAGUAGUAGUAGUAGUAGUAGUAGUAGUAGUAGUAGUAGUAGUAGUAGUAGUAGUAGUAGUAGUGUCACCUGUGCCUUGGGCAGAUGUAUUUCGCCUGGACAGAUAGAUAACUGUCACGGGCACACGAUUCUAUCGAGUUAGUCUGAAAACUGACCUUUGUGCUUUCUGCCUUUUCAGAAGGAGACUAAACGCCUACAGAAAUUCGCAAAAACUCUCUACAUGCAGGCGCCCGCCAGUUCUCUCAUAAUCCUCCUCUGCACCCGAUCCCAUGAGAAGCUACCUAACUCCAACAACCAUAGGCCUCCUCCGAACGCCACCACUAGUCAGGCCUUUUUGGCCCUUACAAACCCGUCACGCUUUGCCGAACGUGUCUCCGACAGCGCCAGUUAG